AUGUCUUUCUUCAACUCGAUCGGACGGUCGAUGACCCGGGCACCGCGCAAUCCCAAGCGCUCAAUGACCCCGACAUCCACGACGUUUCCAGCGGAGACACAGUCUCCCACCGUCGCCAAUACAAACUCCAAGCAGAUGGGACCCCCUGCCCAGAAGCCUCUCUACCUCUGUAGUCCCUUUGUCGAGGCUGCACUUGUGAAAGGCAACUUCAAAACAAUUGUCAUGUUACCCAAGUACGUCGACAUCAUGGAGUGGGUCGCCGUCAACAGUUUGUGUGUGUUUAUCUUCGACUUCUAUACCAAUCUCAACGAAUUUUAUGGAGUUCUUACUGAGUUUUGUACCCAACACACUUGCCCGACCAUGUCAGCUGGGACAACAUUAAAUUACACUUGGAUCAAUCAAGACCGCAAGCAUGUCCAUCUGCCUGCUGGCACCUAUAUUGAUUAUGUGCUAACCUGGGUUCAAAACAUGCUCGACGACGACAACGUCUUCCCGACAAAGUCUGGUCAAGACUUUCCGCCGUCCUUUCCGUCCACCGUAAAACACAUAUAUCGCCAGCUCUUACGCGUCUUUGCUCACAUAUACCAUGCUCAUUUCGCUCAAAUACUGCAUCUGCGGUCUGAACCCCACUUCAAUUCGUUGUUCGCCCAUUUUCUGGCUUUUGGCGCCGAGUUUGAGCUACUGGAGAUGAAGGAUCUCAAAGGCUCGUCGUCUUCGGCUGUGGGUAUUGGAGCGUUAUGGGAGCGGUGGAAGGGAAUGGGAAUCCUCGCAGUUUAG